AUGAAUGCCACGGAUGUGAAACCAGUCAACUACACCAUAAGUGCCGAUGGUGGACUUAUCUACAUCAACACACGUAUUCUGCCGUUGCAAUGGGCAAUAGACCAGGCAAUCAUCGAGCUUAGAUCUGGACAGGCAGUACCCACUCCUAUGGAAUGGCCAUAUAGUCAGGAAACCAACCAAAACAGGCCACGGAUACGAGACUCAGUGCGUUACAUUAGAGGUAUUCGGACUCUUAUUGUCAUUGCACUCUUUAUUUGUUAUAUCGGAAUUGCGUUUCAUCUCCCGGGGGCAUUCACCAGCGAGAGAGCCAAUCUUCUGACUAGCCACAUGAAGGCUAUGGGUCUCCUGGAUACUGCCAGAAUAGCAUCGUGGCAUAUUAGUAUCUCUCUAGCAUAUCUUCCCGCAUGGGUGGUCGUUUCUCUCAUAUGGCACUACCAUAUUUUCAGCGGUACUAAUGUCGGUCUGGUGCUUGGCGUGCACCUCCUAUUGGGAUUCUCGCUUGCCAGUUGGUCCUUCUUCAUCGCAGCUCCUUUUGGCAAGAGUCCUCAGCUUGCGGCUAUAUCAACUACAUUCCUUUCUAUCAUAUUUGCUAUCCUCGCACUAGUCUUCAGUGGAGCUAACACGACUGCGGCGACUAUUUUUACCUUAAUCUUCCCGCCUGGAUUCUACAUAUUUGCGAUCCGCGCUAUAUGUGGCUGGGAAAACCACCAGAUUCCAACCAAUAUCCUGAAGCCAGAUCCGGAUGACCAUCUAAUUUUGUUACCCUUAAUCAUUGCUGCUAUAAUUGACGUGUUUCUAUGGCCAUACUUAGGAGUCCUACUCGAGAGAAGGCUCUAUGAUGCCAGAGAGCCGUCCUCAGGCAUCUGGUCAUGUUGCCGCAGGCAGAAAAAGGCCAACCCACCUCCGCAUCCUGAUGGAGUUGCGAUUUCUGUAAGGAAUUUGGGCAAGACAUUUUCCCCUUCCUUGUUCCACCGUGAGAAGCGUCCGGUCACUGCCAUUGCAGAUUUGUCUUUCAAUGUUCCGAAGUCCGGCAUCUUUGUCCUUUUGGGAUCAAAUGGCGCCGGUAAGUCAACCGCAUUAUCAAUCAUUGGAAAUCUUCUUGGGCGUAGCACCGGAACUAUCACCUUCGAGGGCGGUGUCUCUCGUCCUCCCCGCGGAACGCUUGGUAUCGUGCCUCAGAAAAAUGUGAUAUUCCCUGAACUCUCUUGCUACCAAACUCUUCGCGUAUGGCGCGCAGUGAAGCAUUCUACUCGAUCGAUAGACGAAGACGAAGACUACGAGCAGCUACUGCGCGACUGCGAUCUCGGCAAAAAGAUUCACGCCAAUGCCAGUACUCUCUCAGGUGGUCAGAAGCGCAAGCUGCAGCUCGCUAUUGGACUUGUCGGAGGCUCCAAGAUCGUCCUUGUAGAUGAGUGUACAUCCGGUGUCGAUCCAUUAUCCCGCCGGGCGUUGUGGAGGACUUUGACGUCUGUUCGCCUUGACCGGACAAUUGUGUUCACCACUCAUUUCUUGGACGAAGCUGAUCUGUUGGCCGAUAACAUAGCCAUUUUGGCCGCGCCAGGCAAGCUAGUAGCUGAGGGCACUCCUGUUGCUCUCAAGUCAAACCUCGGCCAGGGAUACAGCGUCCAAGUCAUGUUUGACUUCCCUGAUUUGAUUGAGAAGGACCUUCCACAAGCACCCUACGAAACUCUAGAUCGUAUUCGCCGAGUUUGCCCCCAGUGUUCCAUGACACUCUCCUCGCCGAGUCAGGCGUCAUACCACCUCAAGUCAAAGGAUUCCGUUGUUGUAGAGAAGGUCCUCCAGUUGUUGGACAAGGAGCGCAACGCUCUCCACGUCGCGUCCUGCGAUGUGUUGGGGACGUCCAUUGAAGAUAUAUUCCUGGAUCUCAUGGCCCGUCAAACCGGUAGUACCUCCCUUGACAGCACUGAGAAGUCCAUCUCAAGUUCAGGUGGCAUUUCUGAGCCCACUCUGACUGAAUUGGCCGACAGCGCAUCUUCUGCACCCGAAGUCCUUCAGCUUACCGACGGGCGACCUCGUUCUCCUCUUAGUCAAGCUUUGACGAUAUUUUAUAAGCGUGCAUUAAUCGCUCGCAGGAGUUGGCUGACACCUUUGUUGACCGUGGUCAUCGCGGUUUGCGGUGCAUGUAUCCCAAUAGUCUUCCUGUCUGGCCAGGACACGACAUGCACCACAAAGUUCGGAAACGAGAGUGUCAUUUCGUUGUACUUCCCCGAAUCGCCUAUCUACUUUUCAGCGUCUGGACCUGGUACUGACAUAUUGGAAUCACCCCCGGAUAUCAUUGCCACUCUCGGACAAACUGCCUCAUACCUGAAAACGGAGAACAUCCCCAACAAUGUCACAUUCGUUUCAACGAUUGAUCAGGACUACCUUAACUUGACGUUCGGUGGGAUAUCGAUGGAUAUGCAGACGGGUGAUUCGCUAUUUGCAUGGCAGGCAAGCCCACCCGGUUUAACUGGUCCGACCAUGAUGAAUCUGGUGACAAAUAUACUGUACAAUCGGGCAUUGAACGCUUCUGGGAACAUUGAACGCACGCCGAACCUCAUUUACGCGAGCUAUGCUGCUUUCCCUCAUCUUUCUGCAGGGACUCUGGUUGAUCUCAAGUGGGUGGCGUUUUUUGGGGCCGCUAUGGCUGUGUUCCCUGCGUUUUUCUCCAUCUAUGUCUCAAGAGAGCGGAGAUCAGCCGUACAAGCCAUGCAGCUGUCGAACGGUCUUUCGGAUCCCAUUGGGCUUUGGAUUGGCCAUCUUCUAUGGGACUCGAUAUUCUCGGUGACGCUGGCUACAAUCAUUAUCAUUGUCUUCGCUACCACCACGAAUCAGUUCAACGGCCUUGGUUUCUUCUGGCUCGUCCUUGUUUUGUACGGCAUUGUUGGCGCGUUAUUCGCGUACUGUGUUUCGUUGUUCAUGUCGUCACCGCUGUCUUCUUUUGCAGUAGUGGCAGGAUACCAGAUCAUUAUGUAUAUCUUGUAUUUGGGUGGAUAUCUCCUGACGCUGACUUAUGCGAUACCGUCUCAAUCCGGCACCAUCAUCACGAUCAUCCACUUCACGCUUUCAGUGUUAUCACCGGUGGCUAGUGUCAUGCGUGCGGCUUUUGUAUCAGUAAAUCUCUUCUCGCUCCUUUGCAAUGGCACGACUCCCGUAACAACGUCAUCACUUGGUAACAUCUUGCAAUUUGGAGGUCCUAUCCUCUAUCUCUUCGUUUAUGGCUUUAUACUAUUCGUUAUUCUCGUAUGGGUCGAUUCUGGGUCAAUUAUCCCUCGUCGAUUCCUCAAUACCAAGGGACGGCAAGUACGAAUGAAUGAGCUACAGGCCAGCUUCGAGGCCAACAGACAAGACGUUGCCGCUGAAGCACACACAGUGGCACACUCCAGUGACGUGCUGCGUCUUCUUCAUCUUACCAAGACAUUUGGGGGCAAUAAAGUUGUCGAUGACGUGUCUUAUGGGGUAUCCCGGGACACGAUUUUUGCUAUGCUUGGGCCUAACGGGGCUGGAAAAACUACAACGUUCAACAUGAUUCGCGGUGACAUCGUUCCUGACAUGGGAGAUGUAUUGAUCAAUGGGAUAUCAGUGUUAACUUCUCCGAGGACCGCACGUCUAUCUUUGGGAGUCUGCCCACAGUUUACUGCAAUCGACUCUCAGUUGACUGUUCGGGAACACCUCAUGAUCUAUGGACGUCUCAAAGGCCUGAAAAGGGGCUACGAACUGAAGACCAAUGUCGAUGCACUCAUGGUUGCUACGUCAUUGCAUAUGUAUGCUGACCGACUAGCGAGUAAACUGUCCGGCGGGAAUCAGCGCAAGCUCUCUCUUGCUAUCGCCCUCAUUGGUAACCCGUCCGUUGUUCUGAUCGAUGAGUUCUCUACGGGAGUAGAUGCGAAGAUGAAGAGAGACAUGUGGGGCACUCUCCGUAACGUCGCCGUCGGAAAAGCCAUUGUCAUCACAACACAUUCCAUGGAAGAAGCUUCAGCUCUGGCAAACAAGGUCGGCAUCAUCUCUAAACAAUUAUUGGCUGUCGGCACAAUGGACAACCUGGUCUCGCGUUAUGCCACGUACCAAGUGCAUUUCUCUUGUCCAACACGAGAGGACGUGACUAGAGCUCAGGUCCUCAUGAGUCGGAUUCCAGGCUCCCGUCUAGCCGAUGAUGUUGCCACGCGCUUUGAAGUUCCUAUACAAGAAGGCAGUGGCCUUACCCUUGCACAAUUGUUCCAUAUUCUUUCGUCCCAAGGCGAUUUCCAGGAGUACAGUGUAGAAAAGGCGACGCUAGAGAGCGUGUUCCUGAAGGUCAUCAGAGGAAAUAAUGUUAUGGAGGAGGACAAUUCUUCUAGACGACGACGCAGAUUUCGAUUGUGGUAGCCUAGUUAGACCGGACUGACUUAGACUUGCACGGACUUUAUCAUGGACAACGUAUUCAUUUGUUGACAAUCAAUUGUAUCAAUGUAUCUUUAUGACCAUUGCAAUAAUUGCAGUUGUUAAUUGGUAGCAAUAUUAGCUU